AUGAGCAGCUACGGCGCCAAGGACGGCAUGGCCGAUAUCGAGGAUACCAACCGAGCGCUGGUCGAGUGCCAUGCCCAGGUUCUGCGCAAGCGGCCGCAGGACUGGCUGGAGAUUAUUGCCAACAUGGAGGAGGCCAUGUCGUUAUUCCGGAGCCGAACCUUGCCCGAUGCGUGGACGGAUGGGUUGGAGGCUACGCACACGAGCAUUUUGGGUCGUUUGGCGUUCUACCGUACCAAGUUGAGGGCGAUCGAAGGUUACGUGCACACGACGAUUGAGCGCUUGAGUAUUCAAAGGAAUGCCUUGACCAACGUCAUGGCCCACCGCGAAUCCAUCGUCAACCUGCAAAUGAUGGCCAUGAUCACGGACCAGCGACGUAUCGCCCAAGCCAGCAAGAAAGACGGCAACGCGCUCAAGAGGCUGUCCAUGAUGGGCGCCAUCUUCUUCCCCGGAACGUUUGUCGCGUCCCUCUUCAGCAUGUCCUUCUUCAAUUUUCGCGGCGCCGACCCCACCAACGGGACCGGCCCCGCGUCGACGUUGCCCCGCAGCUCUGGCUGUACUUUGCCGUCUCCGUACCGCUCACCGUGA